CCCUUAUGUAAUCCAAUAGAAGCCCAGCACGCGAUCUGGGUCAUUCACGGUCUAGGAACCAACCACCUGUCGUCAUUGUAGGUACACUCUCUAGUAAGACACAUCAGCCCGAUAUCCAACGAACAAUCACAGUACUGCUUCAAUACGGGCUAUCCUCUUCUAUUCACGGAUAGAUUCGCUUAACUGGGCCACAAAGAACACUCGUACAAAGCCGGUUGGUACAAGUUGCGCUAUUAGCGAAAUAGAGUGGUCGCCAGGCAGCGACCGCCUCUAUCCUCGAGAAGAAGAAAACCUGCAACAACGAACUAAAAUUACACCAGAAAGGCCUUUGUCUUCCCUCGUUAUAUACCGAAUAGAGUCGCAACAUCAACGCGAUCAAGAUAUCAGCAUACUCCCUCUCAUAGCCCAUUACUUCGAGCAACAAAACCCCCGCCAACAACGACCCCGCGAUAGAGCAUCAACCAUGUCAUCCUUCAUCGUUAAGCUUUGGGAGGACAUUUUUACCCCAGGCCCGACGCCCACCAUCCUCAAGGCCGCGAAUGCCUCCUUUGCCGCUCUCCAGACCGUCUUAUUCUGUCUCCUGCUCGCUACAUACAAUAUCCACUGCGUCAUUCUUUCCAUCCUCUGUGGUGGCUUGUGGUGGAGCGUCAACUGGUUUGCCGCCGAGCUUGCCAUCGCCCAGCGAGAGCAGCGUGAAAAGGAGGAGAAAGAGAAGCAACAACAGAAAGAGGCGUCGGGCAACGAUGGUGAAGACAGUGAGACGGAGGUCGAGACGACUGUCCCGAGCAAGCCGUCUCCCGUCGUCGCUACAACCUCUGACGUUGCUGUAGCUGCUGCCGGAGUCGAGCCUCUUCAGACAAAGGGGGAAGUGAAGCAACGUUCUGGGGCUGCGGGUACACAGUCAAGUGUCAGUACGGAGGACGAGUGGGAGAAGGUAUCUGAAGCUGAGAAUGAGAAAGACAAAUAGAAUCACUGUAUACACGGGUCAGGGGACACGAAUUCAGACCAUGAGGUAGGAUGGUAUGGAUGCGUUAGUGAUUGCAGAGAAAGAGACGACUCUGGAGGAGGAUACCCCUUGCGACAUCUGUGAUUUCUGGCGUGUAUGUGGUUAGCGUAGUCACAUCUUUCUAUCUUAGAUAUCAAUUAGAGCCGAACUAUGGUGAUGAACUCCACGUCACGUAUGUCAUGAUCGUUGGCACGCUCUGCACUCAAACCAUACUCCAAAUACAGCUACGACUCACCACAUGAGUCUUAAGCCUACGCUGGCAAUGACCUCUGCGCCAAUAUAUCGAAACAAUAUCCAA